AUGGUUGAUUCUUUUUGGCACAGUAAUCCUUUAUCUUUGCAAUGUACUGUCAACCAGUUUCAUGGUUGUUAUCAGAAUGUAUCCAACUCGAGUAUCAUAAGCAGUGGUGGUGAAGUUAAAGCGUGUUGGUCUGUUGUUAAGCUUCAGAGAAAUUUAUCAGAGUAUUUAUGUUUGUAUUUCGUAUACCUUGAACUUAUGGGACCGAGUCUCGAUGACGUCCUUUACUACUGUAGUGGCAAGUUUUCGCUAAAAUCGGUUUUGAUGUUGGCUGAUCAGAUGCUUACGAGGAUAGAGUUUCUACAUUCGAAGGGAUUACUGCACAACGAUAUCAAACCAGAUAAUUUCCUCAUGGGUCUUGGGAAGAAAGCAACUCAGGUUUGUAUGAUUGAUUUUGGACUUUCAAAAGGAUAUAUGGAUCCUAUCAGUUACAGGCAUAUCCCUUACAGAGAGAACAAAAACUUAACAGGAACAGCGUGUUAUGCAAGUUGCAAUACUCAUAAAGGAAUUGAGCAAAGUCGCAGAGAUGAUUUGGAGUCUCUUGGCUAUGUUCUUUUGUACUUUUUAAGAGGUAGCCUUCCUUGGCAGGGUCUGCAAGCUGCCACCAGAAUGCAAAAAUAUGAAAAAUUUUACGACAUGAAGUUCUCAACUCGUGUUGAGGUACUUUGCAAGUCAUAUCCCGUGGAGUUUGCGUCUUACUUUCAUUAUUGCCGCUCCUUGUCAUUUGAUCAACGACCAAAUUAUGGAUAUUUGAAGCGCCUGUUUCGUGAAUUGUUCACUUCUAAAGGAUAUGAGGCUGACUAUUUAUAUGACUGGACGAUUUUAAAAUAUCAGGAGAUUCAACAGGGAAAGGAACAUAAUCUAUCAAUUGUGCGUGAUUCCUUAAUUUGCCGAGUUUGAAUUUCCAUUUUGAAAGUUUGUGAAGAUUAGUAAACUUAGUUAGGAUCAUUGUAUAAAGUGUACCUUACACUUAUUGUAAUCAACUUUUCUCAUUGUAUCAAUUCGAAAUAAUCAAUCUUUCUCUCAA